GGUAAGGAAGGUAUAGUCCUCUUCUUCAGUAUUGCUGAGCGAGUGUUCGGUUGUGCUGAAAGUACUUCCAAAAUCCAAAAUCAAGUGUUUGUAUCGUGCAGUUUCAGUUUCGAUGUACAAUGCAUUCAAAUUCAAGUUCAAUUAAGCUUUAUUUCGAGGUCUAAUUCUUCAAUCAUGUGGAAUUCCUUCUGGAGAUCAAGGGAUCGUUUCUCCCUGGACCAACUCAGGUACUUAACCGAUCAAUUGACGAAGGUACAAAUUAUUAGUGAGGUUAAUAAGGGUUUUGUAAUUGAGGCACUGAGAUCAAUUGCGGAGUUGAUAACAUAUGGUGACCAACAUGACCCGAGUUAUUUUGAAUUCUUCAUGGAAAAGCAAGUCAUGGGUGAAUUUAUACGUGUUCUGAAACUUACCAGGACUGUGAGUGUUCCACUUCAGUUGCUGCAAACAGUGAGCAUUAUGGUCCAGAACCUAAAAAGUGAACAUGCUAUAUACUAUAUGUUCAGUAAUGAAUAUAUAAAUUACCUGAUAACUUAUCCGUUUGACUUUCGAAAUGAAGAGCUGCUGUCGUACUACAUAUCCUUUUUAAGGGCAAUAAGUGGAAAAUUGAACAAGAAUACAGUUUCACUGCUUGUGAAGACUCAUGGUGACGAAGUAGUUUCAUUUCCACUUUAUGUAGAGGCCAUACGCUUUGCUUUUCAUGAGGAGAGCAUGGUUCGCACUGCAGUACGUGCUAUAACUCUUAAUGUCUACCAUGUUGGAGAUGACUCUGUCAAUAGAUAUAUAACUAGCACUCCUCACAAAGAUUACUUCGCAAACCUGGUUUCAUUCUUUAGGAAGCAGAGCUUGGAUUUUAAUAAACUGCUUUCUGAUACACAGCUAAAUCCGGGCCCAGAUUCAAUGUCGGCAAUUAUUGCUGCUACAGAUGAAAUUGAGGAUAAUCUGUACUACUUCAGUGAUGUUGUCUCUGCUGGAAUUCCUGAUGUUGGGAGACUCAUUACUGAUAGCAUUAUGAUGGUUUUGAUAUUCCCAUUACUUCUUCCUUCCCUAAGGGUCAUGCCCAAUAAUGACAUGCAAGAUGGUGCUGCCCCUUCUCUAUACUUACUUUGUUGCAUCCUGAGGAUUGUAAAAAUCAAAGAUUUGGCAAACACCAUUGCUGGUUCUCUUUUUUAUCCCUCAGAGGCCUUUACAAAGAGUUCUCAGGGUAAUUUCAAUUGCUUCAUAUCUGAUCAUGAUUUCACAUCUGAAUGCCAAGGGUUAGAUAGUGAUAAUCUCACAAAGUGGGAUACAAGACACACAAUGUUUAAUAUUCCAUAUUCUUUUAGUUCUUCAGGUUUUCAUUCAGAUGGUGUUCUAGUGCAAAAUGAUUGUACCAGUUCAAAUUUGUCUUUAAGGGAGGUUCUGCUUGCUUAUGUAACAAAAGGAAGUGAUGUCCUAGUUUUGGGUUCUUUGAGUGUGCUUGCUAUUCUGCUGCAAACUAAAGAACUUGAUGAAUCAAUGCUAGAUGGGCUUGGAAUUCUUCCACAACGAAAACAACAUAAAAAAUUGUUAUUGCAAGCUUUAGUUGGAGAGAGUUCUGGCGAAGAACAACUUUUUUCAUCCAAAAGUAAUAGGGAUGGCAUUGGUACUGAUAUCAAUGUCUAUCAUAUAAAGAUCAAGGAGCAAUAUGGAGUAUCUUUUCUGCCUUCUGAUGUGGGAAUAAGUCCUCGUAUACAUAGAUUUCAAGUGAUUGAUGCAUUAGUGAACCUCAGUUGUCGCACUAAUAUAUCUGCAGAGAUACUAUGGGACGGUGGUUGGCUUUUGCGUCAGUUGCUUCCUUACAGUGUCUCAGAAUUCAACAGGCGUCACCUUGAAUUACUGAAAGUUUCAUACAAGAGUUAUGCUUCUGCUCUUGUAGAGGAGGUUAGAGGUAUUUGGUCCGACUUACUUAUUUCUGUUCUCUGUGAUGAAUGGAGAAAGUGCAAAAGAGCAAUGGAGUCAUCAUCUCCUCGGAAAGAACCAAAUUGCAUACUUUUGCUACCAUGGAAGAUUUCUUCAGGAGGUCAUAUUCCAGAGGGAUCAUCUUUUGCUGCUGGUAAAAGAAUGCAUGAGUUGGUGAAGGUAUUUGUACUACUGCACCAACUUCAAAUAUUCACUCUUGGCAGAACUCUAACAGAGCAACCACUGAUUUACCCUCCUGGUGAUCUCCCUGCAAAUUGCCGUGCCCAAGGUUCUGGGCUUGAUGUGUCAGGCCCAAAGGCAGGAACUGAAGUCAGCCUUGGCCAUGCCGUGCCUUGUAGGAUAGCUUUCGAGAGGGGAAAAGAGCUUCAUGUUUACUUUCUAGCAAUAUCUUUAGGAAUUUCUGGAUGGCUUGUCGUUGCAGAAGAAUUGCCACUGAAGAAGUCUCAUGGAGUGGUUCGGGCCGUUGCCCCUUUGGCUGGGUGCAAUCCCAGGAUUGAGGACAAUCAUGCGAUGUGGUUACACUUGCGGAUUCGGGCUUCUUCUUUACCCUUUAUAGAUCCUGUCCACUUCAAAGACUUUCGGAAAAAGAAAACAAGAGCUUCGGUAGAUGGCAGAUGGACAUUGGCGUUCAAAGAUGAGGAGACUUGCAAAUCUGCUUUUCUCAUGACCGUUGAGGAAAUCAAUUUUCUGAGUAAUGAGGUUCAUAGAAGACUAAAGCCUUUGCUCGACCUUGAAACUUCAAUAGAUUUACCAGGUUCGACUUUUUGUUCUCCAAAAGAUUCUUAUAGAACACAUCCAAAUUAAUUUUGCCGCCCUUUUUGUAUAUGCGUCCAAAGAAAUGUAUCUUUUAGAUUAGUUUUUGCUUGUGUCAUUCUUUUGUAUAUUGUGACAAAUGUAAAUCCGAGGGAACCUCGUAUAGAAAGUUAUUCCUACUUGGUAA